UCUUUGAACGGCACCGUAUUUGUUCUCAUCUCAGAUUCUCAGUCUCACCGGGAAAAAUUUUCCUCUCAUAGACUCUCACGGAAUCCUUAAUCUCAGCCAGUCAGUCUCUCUCUCUCAUCUCUGUUUCUCCACCGUCGGCUCUGCCACUAUGUACUUCUCCGUCAUUGAACGUUUCCUUCUGGUUCUUAUUUUCUUGUAAUUUUCAGGGGUAAUUUAAGAGUUUCAGCAAAUCCCAAAGGCUCAAAUAUUUCAUAGGAGUCCUUAAUGGCAGAUUCGGCUGAAAACCAACAGCCUGAACAAGUCUGCAACUUUUUCAGAAAGCCGUCGAGGAAUAAAAACAUCAGAAAACGAACAGUUGAUGAAGAUGAAGAUGAAGAUGAAGAUUCAAAAACCGAAGGCUCAUUCUUACACAGUCAAAAGAAAACCAUAAAGCCUGACAAUAAGCUGUAUUUUUCGACUAGAUCCUCUAAGAACACAACGUCUAUUGAAGCAAAGGAAGAAUCCGAGAAGCCAAUUUUUCAGUUUGAUUCUUCAAAGGAAAUUCAAGUUGAACAUGAUAGCAGAGCGACAGCAAUGCUAGAAACUGAGACCGAUUUCUCAAGAGAUGCUCGUGCAUUGCGUGAGAGAUCUCUUAAGCAAGCAGAGGAGGCUUUGAAGGGGAAAGGAAAAAGCUCCGGGGAUGAAAAGUUGUAUAGAGGCAUUAAUGGAUAUACCGAUUACAAGGCUGGUUUCCGAAGAGAGCAAACAGUUGCUAGUGAGAAAGCUGGCGGGGCACAUGGGCCUCUGAGGGCUUCUGCUCACAUAAGAGUUUCAGUGAGAUUUGAUUAUCAACCGGACAUAUGUAAGGAUUACAAAGAGACUGGUUACUGUGGGUAUGGAGAUUCUUGUAAGUUUAUGCAUGAUCGAGGGGAUUAUAAGUCUGGAUGGCAAAUGGAGAAGGAGUGGGAUGAAGCAGAGAAAGUAAGGAAGAGAAAUCUAGCUUUGGGAUUAGAUGAUGAGGAUGAUGGUGGUGUAGACCCUGGUGAGGAUGAUGAUGAUGAUGAUGAUUCGUUGCCCUUUGCAUGUUUCAUUUGCAGGCAGCCAUUUGUUGAUGCUGUUGUAACCAAGUGCAAGCACUAUUUCUGUGAGCAUUGCGCAUUAAAGCAUCAUGCAAAGAAUAAGAAAUGCUUUGUUUGCAACAAACCUACUCUUGGCAUUUUCAAUACAGCUUAUGAGAUACGCAAAAGGAUUGCUGUGGAGGGAGGAAGGCUUGGAGCUCUAUGUAGACAUGGUACUUGGCAGGGCUGUUUAUGAUGUGUGCACCCAGAUGUGUCACAGGGGAAAUAUGUUUGGUUUCCUUCUCCUCUACAAUGUGGAGACGCGAAGAGGCUGAGUUAACGUGGUAUAUCUAGUUUUUUGAAGAUGGAAGAUUGUGUGAUAAGCACAUAACAUGACAUACAUGAGCAAUGGGUUCCUGCCUCUGCUGUGAUAUGUGAGCUUGCACUUUGGGCACUGAGUGUUGCUGAGACCAUGGUUGUUUGAUGUCAGAAGAGCACAUUUUGCUUGGUGGGUUAGAAUUCAUUGGUGAAAGGUUCCGGUGGCAACAGGCCUGCAUUUAGGAUGUCAAGUGUUCCUAUUGAUGAUAUGAAAUAUUUUGAAGGGUAGGGAGGUGGAAGAUGCAAUUGGAAGGGAUAGGAGAGAACAGCGGACAUUGGCAGAAUUUGAGACAUAGGUUUAGUGGACACUCAUUGGCUGAUCCUGAUGAGCUUUGUGACCCUGGUGAGCAUUUGACUUUUAUUUUCUCUUGCAAUUAUUAAUUUCUUUCUUUUUUGGGUGAGUGCCAUAUUUACUAUCAUUUAUAUUACUGUCGAAAGGAGUUCUCUCUAUGAAUUGUACAAUUAAAUAGCUGGUUCCAGUUUUGGCCUCUUUUCACAUUGUUUGACUUCUGUUUUUUUUAGUGUUUUCAUGUAGUUGAACCAAAUUCAAAUGGUGCUACCCCAUCCUCAGUUGUAUAUGCCAUUUGUAUUGAAAUGCUUCUAUAUUCUGAUGUUGAAUUAAUUGAGUUAAGUAAA